AUAAAAGUUCCACAGUUAAGUGAGGGUGGUGUUUGGUUUGUUCUUCCUUCUGUGUUGUACAAGUACAAGAGGUGUCGCGCGCUGUUUCGCCUAGAGUUCAGAGUGUGUACCGAAUAAAAAGAAAAGUAAUUUUCUUCAAAAACAAAAAUCAUUUUAAAUUAUAACUUUGUAUAAAUUAGCAAAGUUAUUUGAAGAACCCACAAACACUUUCCUCAAUUUUAACUCUCUCGUAUUUGUAUUGCUUCUGAAGAAAAACUCCAUAAUAAAUGGUGGACAAAGUAGAUAAUGAUAAUAGCUUCUUUUUGCAAAGUAAAAGGAAGAUACAAUUGUAUUAACCAACAAAAAAAAAACGGAAGAAGACGACAAAGGAGCAACAUCGUCAGUCCCCAAGAGGCAUCGAAUCUAGUUUUCCUUUGUAGCAACAGAAGAAGCAACUAAAAGCAGUAUCAUCAUCUUUGAAUAAGGAGCAACGUCUGCAAAGUUUUUUUCUUUUUGAAAGAAAAUAAACUAAAUAAUGUCAAAACGGGUUAAGAAUCCCGUGUGGGAGAUUGUUGGAACAACGGGCAGCAGUGGCAGUUCAGCUGGCAAUAGCAAUAAUGGUGCAUCUACGUCCGGCGCAGUUGGAGGUGGUGCAGCAAUUGCAGUUACGAGCGGUGCUGCUGCUGAGCUUUUGCCAGAGUCACUCAACGAUGUCUUUCGCUGCUUCAUCUGCAUGGAAAAGUUGCAAGAUGCACAUUUGUGUCCGCAUUGCUCAAAACUAUGUUGCUAUUUGUGUAUAUCGCGUUGGUUGACUGAACAACGUCGUCAAUGUCCGCAUUGCAGAGCUUCUUUGCAUGUAAAAGAUUUGGUCAAUUGCCGAUGGCUGGAAGAUGUUGCUCAACAAAUUGAGAAUCUUCAGCAAAUUUGUUCGAAUAUUCGAACUACAAAUGGCCUGAUUCAGGGAAAAGAACAAGACUUAUGUCCAAGUCAUCAAGAAAAAUUGAGUGUUUAUUGUUGGACAUGCAAGUGUUGCAUCUGUCAUCAGUGUGCAUUGUGGGGUGGUACUCACUCGGGGCACACUUUUAAGCAAUUGGAACUAGUUUAUGAGACUCACAUAACCCAGGUUAAAGAAGAAGUAUCUCAACUUCGUGCACGCCUCGCAGAGCUAAUACUGCUCGUCCAAAGUGUCGAACACAAUGUCGAAACUGUACGCAAAGCAAAAGAUGAAAAAGUUCGUGAAAUACGAAAUGCCGUCGAACUUAUGGUCGGUCGGCUAGACUCACAACUCAAAGUAAAACUUGUCACCCUGAUGCGCCAAAAAAACUCACUUAGCCAAGAGACUGAACAGCUCGAGCAUCUUUUACAAGAAAUCGAACAACAAAUGACAAUAUGUUCCAAAUCACAACUCAUAAUGAAAUCACCAGAACUGUUAAAAAUGAUUCAUCAGGUGCGAAUUAAACCAAUGGCCAGUUAUAUAACAGCUCCAGUGCCUGCUGAUUUUCACAGCGAAAUUGUUCCUCAAUACGAUACUGGCAACUUCCUAAUGAAGCGCUUUUCUCAGCUACAAUUGAAAGGUGCUCCUGUCCAUUCGGAACCUUUGGAGAGCAAUGGACUGCAGUGGCGUUUGAAAGUUUAUCCCAAUGGCAAUGGAGCUGUUCGUGCAGAGUAUUUGUCGGUAUUUCUUGAGCUGGCAGCUGGAUUCCCAGAAACUAGCAAAUAUGAGUAUCGUGUUCAGAUGAUACAUCAGAGUUCGAGUAAGAUCAUUCAACGAGAGUUUGUGUCUGAUUUUGAAGUUGGUGAAUGUUGGGGAUAUAAUCGUUUCUUUCGUUUGGAUUUGCUGGCUUCUGAGGGUUAUUUGAAUUUGGCCAAAGAUACUUUGGAGUUGAGAUUCCAGGUUCGUCCAUCGACUUAUUUCCAACGUUGUCGUGAUCAGCAAUGGUAUAUAAGUCAAUUAUUGAAGAGACAAAAGGAACUUUUGGCAGAAAAUAAAACUUUACGAGAGAAGAACGUUAGCAACGAAGAAACAAGUGGAUGUGAUCAAGUUGUCAAUUUAGACGAAGAGGCUGCUGAUAAGCAACAAGAGGCAAGUCAGAAUAAUAAUGCAUCCGAAGAGACAACGACGAAUAGUCAAGCAACAACACCAAAUUUGUGUGGCGGUGGUGGUUAUAAAUCAUUGAGAGGCUUGCAUUCUGAACAAAGCAUUAGUCGACCUAAUGAAACUGAAGAAGGUAAUAAGAAAACAAGUCGCAGUGAUAUCCAGAAAAGUGUUGACGCUUCAUUUUCUGGAAUGCUGCAAGCAUUGGUAAAUGGUUCCUCUAGUUAUAAUUCUUCAUUUCGAGAAGGUGCCACUGGCGGUGAUAUGAAGCCAACAAAUAGUGCAACACCCUUGAGCUCCCCAGAGAAAUCUUCAUUCCACAUUCUUUCCAAUUCAUCACCAGAUCUCACUUCAACCACAUUAGAAAAAACAUUUCUUGGAAGUAAUAUCCUUUCAGAUGCCUCUGAUUCGGAUGGUGAUGAACCGGCUAGUUCCCCCUUAGCUGUUCCAUCUUCGAAUUGUUUUAAAAUCAGUGCCACUUCCUUCUCAACUCAAGACGACAAUCCAUUAGGCGAGGAUAAUGAUUUUUCAUCUGGCGAAAAUGAUGUUGAAUACGCUGAGCUUUCAAUGGCUCAAGGUAUUUCUCUAAGCAAUGAUAAAUCUUCAUCCAGUGGUGCCAGUUCAUCGAGAAGACCAAAUAGCAGUGGUGGACUCUCGAAUCACCGUCGUGUCACACUUUCUCUGCUCGAUAGUACAAGUCCUACAGAAAAUAAUCGUCCUUCAGAUACAAAUACUUCAAGAAACAACUGCCGACUGCCAAUGUGCUCUGUUAAUGUUUUGGAAACACUCUUUGAGCCGCCAAAAUUCCAUUGCAGCAAUGGUGACUACCUAGACGAUAGUAUUAUUUUGAACACAUCGAUUCCAUUGAGCUACUCGGAAGAUUCAUUACUUAAAGAAUAUCGCAAGAGUAGGCCAUCAUCAGCAUCAUCGAGUAUCAAAGAACCAACUGAAACGCCAUCCUAUCGCUGGGAAAAUACCGAUAAUGCAUAUUCGCGAUUGGAUCGCUUGUUAAAAACGAUUCACUUAUCGCCGGAUGCAUCCCGUACACAGAUCAAUGUCCCAACCGUGAAGCCAUCCAAGCCACAUUUGAAUACAACACCCAAUGGCGAUGGAGACCUUCCCGAAUUUUUCAACCAGAUACAUUUGUCCCGCAACGAACCUAGAUCUCUAGAUGUUGAUGCAGUUGUAGCGAGCACAUCUAAUGGCCGUCCUUCCCGUUCCCAGACAAAGUCAUCGCAAAAGGCUGGUAAGUCGAAGUUUGAGUGGACCGAUCUCUUUCCGUCUGGUGAUCUCUAUCCACUGGUCACACCUGUCGGACGGGUACAACGUCUUAAACCUGGUGAAUCACCACGUGACAAUAGCCCUGUGUCAUCGCCACGCUGGCCCAAGAAUAACACCAAUCUAAGGGCCCAGUCCAACAAUGCACAAAAAAACCACAGAACUUCAACUAUAACCAAAGUGCCAUCUUCUAACGCCACACAGACUGACGACUGGAACAAAGCAGUCAACAUUUGGACUGAUUCGUUUUUCAACACACUGCCAACAUACGAACCUCAAGCUUCCUCUUCGCUUGGUGAAGUUCGAAAUGGAUCUGCUCGUUCGUUGCCAUCACAUUCUAACCCAAGAGCUUCAACUUCACAAACGAAUGCUUUCCUUAAUAAUUUUGGAGCAACAACGACAUCUUCGCCUGGAGCAUCACCGCUAUAUCAAUCCUUUAACUACCAAAGGAAUACUCCAAGCACCUCAUCAGCUCGCAGUAAUCAUCAGACGCCAACAAGUCUUUCAUUUCGAGGCUUGCCACGAAGCUCGAAACUUUUGCUGGACAAAGAAUUAAAGAGCAACAAUGUCAACGCACAAACCGCUGCAGGCAGGGGUGAAAAAUGUGAUCUAGAGGUCGGAGAUGAGGAAUUAUUGGAUCGAUAUUUUCGGCAGACACGUGCUCCUCCGAUGGUCUACAAUGAGGUUCCUCAAACGAAUGCUGCGAGCGAAGAAGAUGAUGACGCAGAUGACGAACGCCUUAUCAGUAUUACAGGUCUAAAUUUGACUCCUUCAAUAACUUUAGAAUCAACAUUAGAGUCAUCUACCGAUCCAUCGAUGACGACUGCAGCACCAAUAGGUGGCGUUAAUGUCGUCGUCACAACUACUACGACUGCAAGAAACGAAAACAACGGUAUUGUUAGCCGAUCAGUUACUGCUUCAAAACGCAAAGAGAGGAUCGCCGAAAGACCAAAUUCGUCCUAAAGACAAGCUCGUUUAAAUAGACAAAUUUUAUAAUUUUUGAGCAAAAUUACCCUACUACACACUGUCGACAAGAAAAAAAAAAACAUAAUUUAUCUACAUUAUAUACAUUUUAAAUUUAGGAUAGAAAUAUUCAUGUUUUUUAAAAUAAGAGCUGCUUUUUUGCUUCUCUCUUUUAUUAAAUGAAAAAAUAUAUAAUAUAUGUAUGUAGAAAAAAAAAUGAUCUACAAAAAACUAAAAAUGAGAAAAAAAAUACAUAUUUGCUAACACUCUUGUUCUAGCUGUACCUAGAUUAAUUCAUAAACGUAUUUAUAUUAGAUGUUUCGCCCUUAAGCAUACAAAUUUUUGAUUUUGAAUUAUCGGUUCUAGUGAUGACUCGUGUCAAACAAAUUUUUACAAAAUGAUAUUUAUUUUUUGUUUUUAAAUUACAAACUUAUUAUAGUAUAUAAAUGAAUUGUUGUAGAAUGAACUUAA